CAGCCAUCAUGCUCCCUUCCGCGUUGCUCCGCCGUCCGGGUUUGGGCCGCCUCGUACGCCAGGUCCGCGCCUACGCCGAGGCUGCCGCUGCUCAGGCCCCUGCCGCGGGUCCGGGACAGAUGUCCUUCACCUUCGCCUCACCCACGCAGGUGUUCUUCAACGGCGCCAACGUCCGCCAGGUGGACGUGCCCACGCAGACCGGCGCCUUUGGCAUCCUUGCAGCCCAUGUGCCCACUUUGCAGGUCCUGCGGCCAGGCCUGGUUGUGGUCCACGCUGAGGAUGGCACCACCUCCAAAUACUUCGUGAGUAGCGGCUCAGUCACAGUGAAUGCUGACUCCUCUGUGCAGUUACUGGCUGAGGAAGCUGUCACCUUGGACAUGCUGGAUCUGGGGGCAGCCAAAGCGAACCUGGAGAAGGCACAGUCGGAGCUGUUGGGGGCAGCAGACGAGGCCACUCGGGCUGAGAUCCAAAUCCGCAUCGAGGCCAACGAGGCCUUGGUGAAGGCUCUGGAGUAGGCGGUGCCUGCCUCACACUGGUCCAGCUGGGAGACCUGGUCGGAGCUGGGCAAGGGUGGCCUGGCAUGAAGACCCAGCUCCCCAUGGGUGCAGGCUGACAGGGAGCGGGCCUGCGUGAAGCUGUCCUGUUAAUAAGCCACCAGGGGGCAGCACAGUGCCAGUUUCUGCCCAGAGCGCCCCUUGGGGCCCUACCCCUUUUCGCUAAAUAAACCCAGGGAAACAAGCCAGCUCUGGCAGGUUGGGUGGCUGGGGGCAAACUGGGACACUUGCCCUGCCCGCGAGGAAUGCUGUCCUCCUGGGGGAUUCUCCUGCCAUCUGCACCACUGCUCUGCCCCUGCAGUGUCUGCUGCAGAGACCGCUGCUCCUAACCACCUCCAGCAGACAGCCUGCCCCCUGCCCAGCCCGUAUUAAAGACCUAGGAUCCAA